AUGCCCCGGGUCUUCCUUGUGAGGAGUCGGCGUCCACAGCCACCGGACUGGAGCCAUCUGCCAGACCAGCUCCGGGGAGAUGCCUAUGUCCCAGGUAGGCACCUCACUGGGCCUGGAGGCAAAGGGCCAGGGAGACACAACGCAUCACCCAGAUUCUGGCUUCUCUUCCCAGACUGCAGCAGCCUGGCAGAGCCACCGGCGCACACACCAUCUGGUCUGAGAGACACUUGGGCAGGGUCUUCACAGCAAACACUGACCUCUGCCCCCAAGGGCCCAGGGACACUUGGCUGCCCACUCUGCCCCAAGGCCUUCCCACUGCAGCGCAUGCUGACCCGGCACCUCAAAUGCCACAGCCCAGCACGGCGCCACGUGUGCCACUGCUGUGGUAAGGGCUUCCAUGAUGCCUUCGAUCUCAAGCGCCACAUGAGGACUCACACUGGGAUCCGGCCAUUCCGCUGUGGAGCCUGUGGGAAAGCUUUCACACAGCGCUGCUCCCUUGAAGCUCAUCUUGCCAAGGUGCACGGGCAGCCGGCCAGCUACGCUUACCGGGAGCGCAGGGAGAAGCUGCACGUGUGUGAGGACUGUGGCUUCACCAGCUCCCGGCCUGACGCCUACGCGCAGCACCGCACACUACACCGCGCAGCCUGA